ACGUAAUUUUUAUCAUCAAAUGAUACGAUAUUUUAUGACAACAAUUGAUUGACUGAAAGUGUUAAACAAUUUAUGACUCAAUUAGCAGAUAAUCACUGAUUUAUCUCUAGGUUUCACUGGACAUCACUUUGUAAACCAUUACCACAGAUGACUAACUCAGAUAAUAAUUGGUUUGACUCGGAUGUGGUCAACAAAACGACCAAAGAAGUGGUCGAAACGAUCAUUGGUUCCAAUACAUACCARCACUCAGAAGUGACCAACUGGUCAAACACUAUAGUUGAACAAGUGAUGCAACAAUUGGUCAAAAAUAAUAAUAAAUUCAAAUACAUCGUUACGUGUGCUAUCAUCCAGAAGAACGGCGCCGGCCUUCAAACGGCCACAAGUUGUUACUGGGAUAACACCACUGAUGGAUAUACGACUGUCCGCUGGGAGAACAAGAGUCUCCACUCUAUUGUCCAGAUAUUUGCGGUCACUAUUUAAUAACAUUUAUUACAUAUAAAAAAUUGUUAAUUUAUUAAUAUAUUAAUCAAAUUAUUAUAUAUUAUAAAGUAUUGAAAUAUGAAUUUAAUAUUUUAUUUACCCGUAAUUAUAUCAAAUUUUUAUGUUACUAAAAGCCUAAACCACUUAACACGAUAGGUCAUUGAUGAUGAUAUGAUGUCUAACCAUUCAAAUUAUUACAAUUUGAUUCACUUGCGAUAAUCAAUUUCAUUAUUUUAUAUAAUUAACAUUAAA